GACGGCAAUUAAAAUUAAAGAUAUAAAAAUUUAACAUCUUCUUGGAAAAUGGACUCGGUUUUGAGUUCCGGAGGUUCCAACUCCUCCGGAGAUAGUAUUGGAGGUAUGAGUAAUGGUGGUCGUAACAAUGGCAGGAAUAACAAUAAAUUGCAACGUGUUGGUGGCGAUACGACACAGGGUUCACAUAGUGAAGUAAAUGCCGAAGUUAAGAAACUAUAUCAGCAACUCUAUGUUGUGGUCAAACAAUUGGACGAGGAAAAGAAACAGAUUUCCGGUAUAUCUCAACUUUUCCAAAAUGAUUUGGAACAAAAGCGGGCGCAAAUUGUACAGCUAUGCAUACAGAUUAUCUUUAAGGAUUAUCAGUCGGUGGGCAAGAGGGCACGUGAAAUAAUGUGGCGUAAAGGUUAUUAUGAAUUCAUAGCUUUUGUCAAGAAGAAUUGGGCCAAAGAGCUUAAGGAUCAAUCUCAGCCGGGAGCCCAGGAGAAUAUACAGAAAAUUGAGAGAUUCCUUUGUGCUGGUAUUUUAAAUUAUAAACGUAUCGCCGCCAAGAUGGAAGAAAUCUAUGACUUAGAUUUGAAAUACCUAAUCGAUUUUACCAUCAUCAGUGAUGCCUAUUUGAAGGAGAUCAAGGAUAAAGAAAAACAAGCCAAAGGUGAUGGUUGUUGUUUGGAUGUCGACGAUAUUAAUAAUUAUGCGGUUGAUAAGAGUUUAGAUGCCAUAUCAUUUGCCUUGGAUAGCAUCCACUCGUCAUUGCUAAGUUUGGGUGAUUUACAUCGUUACUUUUUAGAUUUCCGUAUUGAUACGAAAUUGAAAAUUACCAAACAAUUGGCGGCGAAAUAUUAUUUUGAGGCAUUCAAACUUAAUCCCGCCAUUGGUAUGGCCCAAAAUCAAUUAGGUACAUUGUAUUAUGGCCAGAAUUAUGACUUGGAUUCAAUUUAUCAUUAUCUGUACUCAUUGGUCAGCCUGAUACCCUUUGAGCUAAGCGAAAAUAAUGUUUGCAAGCUAUUUGCUGCCCACGCUGAUUAUUUGACAAAAAUGGAUCCGGAUAAAAUUGAAUUUAGUCUGCAGGAUUUCUAUGCUCGUUUCUAUUUAAUUGUGGAUAUAUUCUUUUUCGAUAAAGAAGUACCAGAUUUCAAUUCCCUGUGUCAUUGUGUUUUGGUCGAUUUGCGCAAAAUUUUGUGUUCGAAAACUUUCAAUGUCAAUGAUUCGAGUAUCUUUAAAAUUGUAUCGAUUCUAUUCUUUUGCCUCUCCAAGCUGAAGAUGAUAAAUUCCCAGAAGGUAUAUUCCCUGAAUGCCUUCUUGGUGGCCGUAUGCUCCGACCUUAUGGAUGCCUGUAUUGUAAGCUUGGAACAGACCAUAUUGGCGAAAACUUCUGAAAAUGAACAAUUCCAUGCCAUGUACGCAAAGAAAUUCGAAGAAUUCGAUAUGAUGGUACGUAAAUCACGUAAUGAAUAUAAAAAUUGGUUAUCCACAAUUGGUGAGGCAGAACGCAAGGAGAAGAAACAAAAUCAGCAACUCUCGCAAAAAGAUUUCUCCUCCGAUUCGAGAGAAUCACAGCGUUCCCAUGAUGAUUAUAUUUGUAAAAAUACUCAGGAUACCAAUAAGACCUCUAAGGAUGAUAAUAAAAAUGACGGUGAACCAAAUUCGACACGUUCCUCAGAUGAGGCCAAAGAAAGUGAUUUAAAAACACCACUAUCGUGUAAGAGUAAGAAGCGUGGUAUGAAAUUAAGACGACGUCGCCGUAAAAUUGCCCAAUCGGAUGAUAGUUCCUGUUAUGAUACAGAAUCCGAUAUGGAUACCGACUUCUCCACAGAUGAGGAAGACUACACCGAUUUGAGUUCGAAUUUUGAUACUGAUUUUAGUGAUAUUGAGGCAGCUGAACCUGAACCAGAGGUGGAAGCGGAACAGGGUGUUGAAGAUGUGGAGUCCAGCAGCAAACAUAAACAUAAUAAUUUGUGCAAUAACUCCCGUCAUGGCUCCAAGGAAAGUGUUUAUACCAAUGGCAGUGCUGGUCCAAACUUCUCGGAUAAUGAGGACAUUGUUAUCGAGGAGGAAAAUAUCAUCUACCCCGAUCAGGAACAAGAAAAAUUGGCACAUUUAACAGCAUCAACGGCUGCCCGUACCAGCUCACAAGAUAUCGACUCCGAAGAGCUGUUGAAAAGUUUUGAAAUUCUUCAAUUAAAUUCAAAUAAUGCUGCAUUGAAUUUCACCAAUUGUGAUCAACAUGAUGAUACCCCAAAAAAUAACUCAGGCAAACAAGCCAAUGACGAAAUAAAACCUGCGGGCGAAACCGGUGGAGAACCACCCAAGAAAAUGGUCUAUCGUAAUAAGUAUACCAAAAUUAAUCCCAAUACUGUGGUCGAUUUUGCACGCAAUGAGCCGACAAUAAGAGCUCUGAAAAUCCUUUUCGAUUGGUUGCGUAUUAAUCAUGAAAUUCUAUUCGGCUGUUAUCAUUCGAAUCCCGAGUUUAUACAUAAAAUAAUGAAAUUAUUAAAUUAUUGUAACAUUGAUAUCUUUACACGUAAAGUAUUCUUUGAGCGAGAGUUUCUCACGACGCCCAAUGUUCGUCAAUCGUUGUGUGAUCUAUUCGAUGUACGUGCAAAUGUCCCCCUCUCCGAGGAUUUUGUUUUUAAAAGUUUCGAUAUUUUCCAAUCGACACAAAUCACUUUGGAUUGGGAAACAACCAUACGUGAGAAAGUCACCGCUGAAGAAGAGUGUAUUUUGCGCAUUUUCAAAAUGGUCGAUUUCGGUUUCUUCAUCUGCAAACAAAAGAAAUUCAAUUAUCGUUUCUGUGUUAAGGCUCGCCGCUUUACCGAGAACACCAAAAAGAAGCGUGAAGAGAAGAAAUCUUCGUCGCGUCGUCGUGAAAGACGUACUGCAAAGAAUGCUGCCCGCAAACGUACCGAAGGUCGCACCCGUCGUUAUUCGGAUCGUAAAAAUGGUAUUGUACGUAAAAGUUAUACCAGCAAUGAAGAGAAAGACACCGUGGAGGAAUGUAAACGUAUGCCACGUAAAGGUUAUCUACGCAAUCGUAAUGCCGAGAAAUCAAAUAGCAAUAAUGCUACUGCUGGUGGUGGUGGCGGUACCUCAGCAUCGACUACCACAAAUAGUGCAAUUUGUGAAAAGAUCCAAUCAAGCAGUGGCGCCGAUGAAGAACGUUCGGAGGCCAUGUCAAAGAAAUGUGAAAUUAUGGGCAAAUUGUGGUUGAAGAAUGAAGUGGAAACAUUGGAGGAGGAGCUCCGCAAAAACCCCAUGAACAUGAUCAUGACUCCAUUUUUGGUGGUGGACGCCAAGGCCUUGACCGAAUACAAUGGCAUUGUUAAAAAUCUAGUUAAAAGCAAGAAGUUUAUAGUGCUUAUUCCCAAUGCUGUUUUUAACGAAUUGGAUGACCUUAAGAAACGCAGUGAGAAUGCCCGCAAUGUCAUACGCUGGCUGGAGCAAGAAUUCAAACAUGGCAAUCGCCAUAUGCGUGCCCAACGGGAUAAUGAAAAUUUGACACUGUCUUUGAUUAAAAUACCAAGGAAAUUGGAUCGCGAUGGUUCGGUCUUUUUACAAAUUGCCCAAUUUUGUAAUCAUUUGGUUGCCAAUCAUUCCGAUCCCAAUGCCACCGAAUUUCAACCGAAUGUCGUUACCUAUUUAUCAGGCGAUUACUUGCAUGAAAAGCAACGUAAUCAAAAUAAUUUCAGUUUUACUGGAAUUCUGGAUUCGAUACCAGUGCGUCAUGAUCAAAUUGCAAAUUUCUAUGCGAAAUUUAAGGCCAAUAAAAAAUGAAUUCAAUUAACGACGCAGGAAUAACACCUGCAUGGAAGAAAUGCGCCGUUGUCGUCUUCGUCGUCGCCCUAUAGCUGUCGUAUCGAGUAUAAACAUACAACACAACAACAAA